AUGUUCUUAACUAAAAAUCGACCUGUACCUCGUCUUAGUACAACAAGUACUGGGCGUCGUUUAACAACAAUUUUUUUAAAACAUUCAAUUUCACGUGGUAGUACUGCUACGAGUAGUAUUGGUUCAAUAACAACACCAAAAACUGGUUCAAUUCUAUCUGAUUUCAAUGUAUUAGAUGAACAUGAUUAUGAAAUAACACGUCAAGUAAUGCAUGAUCUUAUUGAUGAAAUUCAAAUUGAAAAACCUUUUAUUAGUUUUAAUGAAAUGUUUAUUGAUCAAGAUACUAUUAUUGGUUGUUUAUUACGAAUAUUUAAUGAAUAUGGUAAAAAUAUGGAUGGAAUACAACGAAUAACACGUGAAAAUAUGUUGAAACUCUUAGAUGAUUCAGAUCUAUUUGAUAAUGAAUAUACAUCAUCAAUAUUUAUAAAUGAUUGGAAUAAUUUACGUAAACAAAUGAUGAAAAAGAAACUUUAUGAACGAAAAACAAAAGAUUUUGAUUUUUGUGGUUUUAUUCAAUUGAUUGAUAUGAUUAAAAUUCGUUUACAUAAAAGUAAAGAUGAAAUUUUAAAGAAAAUUAUUAGUUCAUCAAUUUAUAAUGAUGUUAUUAAAUUAAAAGAAAUUCAAGAUAAAAUUCAAUUAGGUUUAUUACCAUCAAUGACAACACUUAUUAAUCAAUAUAAUAAUGCGCAAAUAAAAACGAAUGAUCGACAUGUGUCACGUAAAAAGUUGAGAAAAAAACGGAAAAAGAAAUUAAAAUUAUCAACAUCUCGUAGCAAAAAAAGAAAUCGAAAGAUUCAUAAGAAUAAAUCGAUUAAAACAUUACAACAAAAUGAUGCAAUCUCAACACAAGUGGAGGAAAAACAACAAACAGAAGUAUUAUCAAAAGAUGUAGCAAAACUUAAAACAUUGCACAUGUUUGAAUCAUGGAUAAAACGUGAUGAACUUGAUAAAGAAUUAAUGAAUAAAUUAUUCGACUUAUUUAAAUUAGCAUCUGAACAAUUUCAACAUGGUUUAAUUCGACAAAAUGUACUUAUUCAAUGGCUUCGUGCAUCACAUGUUAUUCCAAAUAUAUAUUCAGUGAAUAUUAUUGAAAGUAUUCUAUCGAGUGUUUUAGCUCGUUAUAUCAACGUUGGUCUAUAUAAAUUAGAUACAAAUACGUUUGAUUGGAAUGGUUUUCUGGAUUGUAUUCACCUUUUAGCAAAAGAAAUUCAUUUAUCAUUAAAUGAAUUUGUUAAGAAGAUGCUUAUAGCUGAUGAAUUUUCAUUUCAAACAUGGCGAACUGAAAUAGAAGAUAUUCCCGAAGUUGGUACUAAUAAAAAAUCGGAUCGUUCAUGGGAUGCUAAAAAAGUUCUUGCUGCUGUUAAUAUUAUGCGUGAUGUUGUUGAAGAAAGUCGUAAAUUACAUUUAACUGAUGAUGAACGUAAACGUUUACGUUCACUCUAUAAAGAAUUUGCAACAUUUGCAUAUCGUCGUCAAAGUUCACAUUUAGAAGCACGUUUAACAAAUUCUGUUUUAAGUAAUUGGAUGCGUGAAUGUCGAAUAUUCGAUGAUAAAUAUACAAUCAAUGAGCUUGAUAAAGAUUUUAUUUCAAUAUUAGGAGAUUUUACAUUAAAUGGUGUUUAUCCACAAGGCACACGUGAUAUUGAUUUCGAUGGUUUUCUUAUAUUAAUACAAACAAUUGCUUCACAUAAACAUAUUCGAGCAGAUGAUUUUGUUCAAAUGAUUUUUGCUGGACCACGUAGUCCAUUACAAAAAACAAGUGAAUUCAAUGAGCAUAUGGAUCGUACAAAAAUUCAGACAAGUCAAGGUAUUUGA